AUGGAAAAGGUUGCAGGUCUUGACCCCAAACCUGGUGGAAUCUCUGGUUCUUCCUCAAUGGCUCUAGCUCCAACAGACCCUCCUGCCAGCAUGGGAGUCAGGCUACCAGGAGCACCCCUUUCCAAUACCUUUGUCCCCGAGACCCUUGAAAGGUCUGUUAAUUCAGUUCGGGUUUUCAGUUUUGUGGAUGCUGAAAAAGCCUAUAUAGCUGCAGAUUUUCUUUCAGUGUGCUUUCUGACUAUUGCCGGAAUGAUUUCUACACUCCUGACACAGGCUCUGCUGUGCAGUGUCUGGUGUCCUGUAGCAUCUACAACUAUCUUCAGUCUAGCUCCCAACCAGUUAUUCACAAUGGAUGCCCUCAAUGGUGCUGCUGAAACUGAAGAUCCUAAACAAGCAUCUACUGUUCCCCCUGUUCCAGACCUGGGGACAAAUGAAACUGAUCCAGUCGCAGAUGUUGGAACUCAGCAUGCUGAAAACAGUAGCGCAGCAGGAAAUCAGUGCUUCUGUGACAGUCCUGCACCUGAAGGGCAAAAGGGAGAACGGGGUGAAAAAGGGGAUCCAGGUAACCCAGGGAAAAAAGGAGUACAAGGGCCCUUGGGAGAAACUGGACAACAAGGACUAAAGGGAGAAAAGGGUAAUCAAGGAUCCAAAGGUGAUCUAGGUAAACCAGGGCCUCCUGGUCAGAAAGGAGAACAAGCUACAAAAAUGUGGCAUUUACCUUGGCACAGAGCCACCUUCAUUAUACUUAUUGCUGCUGCUGUACGCACAGAGGCGAAAGCUACCCUGGCUGAAAAGUUUACUAAGAUAAAGUCUCCAGAGAUGGAGGUCACUGAUGGCUUUGACACAUCCAUUGUGCCACCCACUGAAGAAAGUCCAUUCACAGAACUAUCGGAAACAAGCGAAAUGCCGGUGGAGUUAUCCUCGCUGAACCCGGCCUUCAGAACGGCCACCACGCUGUUUCCUUUUGAAAAUUUUACUCUUGACACAGCUGAUUUCUUUUUUAAUUGCUGUGAUUGCUGUACCCCUGUGUCAGGUCAGAAAGGGGAACCAGGAGAGCAUGGACUGCCAGGUCCUAAAGGAGAGCUAGGAGAUGCUGGCCCUCAGGGCCUACCAGGAAUUCCUGGACUUCAAGGUCCAAAGGGCUUCAAAGGAGACAAGGGAGAUAAAGGAGAACAUGGUGACCAAGGAACAAAUGGAAUUCCAGGGUUUCCAGGUAAACCUGGAGAACAAGGUGAAGCUGGAGUUAAAGGAGAUAAAGGAAACUCUGGCCUUCCUGGAAUGAAGGGACAGAAGGGAGUGAAGGGGGACACUUGUGAGAAUGGGACCAAAGGAGAGAAGGGGGACAAGGGAGAGCUGGGCUUACAGGGGCUAGAUGGGGAAAAUGGAGAUAAAGGGGAAAAGGGAGACCUGGGGGAAAAGGGGCAUUGUGGGGAGAGAGGAGAGAGGGGGGAAAAAGGGGAAGCUGGAAUAAAAGGGGAAAAAGGCAGCAAAGGAGACACUGGAGUUGAGGGUAUUCCUGGGAUGAAUGGACAACAGGGAGAAAAGGGUGAGCCAGGCAAUAAAGGUGAAAAAGGGGACUUGGGACCAGCUGGUGUGAUGGGACCUCUUGGGCCAAAGGGAAAUCCUGGUAGUAAAGGGGCACGAGGAGCUAGUGGAAAGAAAGGCUCCAGAGGUAUCAAAGGUUCCAAGGGUGAUAACUCAAAAGUCCGAAGAUCAGCUUUCAGUGCCGGCUUGUCAAAGUCUUUCCCUCCACCAAAUAUCCCUAUUAAAUUUGACAAGAUUUUGUACAAUGACCAGGAAGAUUAUAAUCCUUCUACAGGCAAGUUCAAUUGCAGCAUUCCUGGAGCGUAUGUCUUUGCUUAUCACAUGACGAUCAGAGGGCGGCCUGCUCGAAUCAGCAUUGUGGCACAAAACAAGAAGAUAGUCAAAACCCGUGAAACACUUUAUGGUCAAGAGAUAGACCAGGCAUCUUUCCUGAUCAUUUUGAAAUUAAAUGCAGGGGAUCAGGUUUGGUUGGAGGUGGGACGGGAUUGGAAUGGGAUCUAUGUCAGUGCUGAAGAUGACAGCAUAUUUACAGGGUUUCUUUUGUAUCCAGAUGAUAUUUUUGAGACCCUAGCAUAAGUAUAUGACGAUAAACACACUACUAAGAAACAAAACAUUUAUUUCACUCUGAUUGUCAGUAGGGGGUGGAGAGAGAAGGGUGAAGGAGAAAGAAAGUGUCACUUCAGUGAAAUAGAUGUCAUAAUCUUUCUAUACAAAUACUUAUAUUUGUAAUAAACUGAUUAAUUUUAACUAAAGAGCCCCAAAAGAUGCAACCACCCUCUAUGAUGAUGCCUAAUUUUCAUGAUCAUAUAAAGAAAUAUUACACAAAUGCAUUCAGGAAGAUAUAGAUCCCAAAGAGAUUUUAUUUACACUUUAGACCCAGGCUAGAUCAUCAAAUCGUUAAAAUUACACAGAGAAAGUCAAUAUAUUAGUUUAAUUCAGAUAAGGCCAAAUCUUGCAGUAAUUGCAAGUCAAAAUGUCCAUGAGAGUCAGUAUUGAAUUAGUUGGAGUUUCAAAUUUUAGCUAAGGAUUGUAGGAUUUGACUCAGAGAUUAAUCAGAUAUAAUUGCAAGUAGUAGGUUUCUUCAAAUCAUGUUCAUAGAUUUAAAAAUGUUUGCUGUCAAACCAGUAUUAUGUGUUACUUUAUACAUGGUAAUGCAUGGAAUAAAAGGUUGACUUGGAGAUUGUAUUAUAAUCACUCAAUCAGUGCAAAUGUCUCUGUUCAUCAAAUUAUUGUUGUAUUUACAAGAACUGAAUAUCUUUGGAAUGGUAAAGAAUAAAAUAAGAUGAUUGCCUAA